CGCGCGCCGUUGAGUCUGCCGGCCUGCAAAGGCUGCCUCGCGUUACUGGAACCGCCCCCGUCUCCUUUACCGGAGGCAAGAAGAUGCCGGAGAUGGCGCAGUCCCGUGCAGCGCGGCAGCAGGCGAAAACUCGCUCCGGGGUGCAGGGAGUCCAGGAUAACAUUCUGCUUCCAAAACAUUGCUCAGAUACUAAGGAAAGAUCUUUCCUUGUUCAUGGAGUUUUUCAUCAGUAUGUCUGAAACCAUUAAAUAUAAUGACGACGAUCACAAAACUGUGUUUCUGAAAACAUUAAAUGAGCAACGAUUGGAAGGAGAAUUUUGUGACAUAGCUAUUGUUGUAGAAGAUGUAAAAUUCAGGGCACACAGGUGUGUUCUAGCUGCUUGUAGUACCUAUUUUAAAAAACUUUUCAAAAAACUGGAAGUUGACAGCUCAUCUGUAAUUGAAAUAGAUUUCCUUCGAUCUGAUAUAUUUGAGGAAGUGCUCAAUUAUAUGUACACAGCCAAGAUUUCAGUUAAGAAAGAAGACGUCAAUUUAAUGAUGUCAUCUGGUCAGAUUCUUGGUAUUAGAUUUUUGGAUAAACUUUGUUCUCAAAAACGGGACGUAUCAAGUCCAGAAGACAAUUCACAGUCAAAGAAUAAGUAUUGUCUUAAAAUUAAUAGACCGAUUGGGGAGUCUAAUGAUAACCAAGAUGAUGAGGUUGAAGAAAUUGGCGAUCACGAUGAUAGCCCAUCGGAUAUGACAAUGGAAGGAACUCCUCCUAGUCAAGAGGAUGGUAAAUCGCCAACUGCUACUUUGAGAGUUCAGGAAGCAAUUCUGAAGGAGCUGGGGAGUGAAGAGGUUCGAAAAGUGAACUGCUAUGGUCAAGAAGUAGAGUCUAUAGAGUCUGCUGAAACGAAAGAAUUGGGAUCACAAACUCCUCAGGCUCUAGCAUUUAAUGAUGGCAUAAGUGAAGUUAAAGAUGAACAGACACCAGCAUGGACAACAGCAGCUGGAGACAUGAAAUUUGAGUAUUUGCUUUAUGGUCACAGGGAACAAAUCGCAUGUCCAGCAUGUGGCAAAACAUUUUCUGAUGAAGCACGAUUGAGAAAACAUGAAAAACUCCAUACUGCAGAUAGGCCCUUUGUUUGUGAAAUGUGCACUAAAGGCUUCACUACUCAAGCCCACUUGAAAGAGCAUCUAAAAAUCCAUACAGGCUACAAGCCAUAUAGUUGUGAAGUAUGUGGAAAGUCUUUUAUUCGUGCACCAGACCUAAAAAAGCACGAGAGGGUUCACAGUAAUGAAAGACCAUUUGCAUGUCACAUGUGUGACAAAGCUUUUAAGCAUAAGUCCCACCUGAAAGAUCAUGAAAGAAGACAUAGAGGGGAGAAACCUUUUGUCUGCAGCUCUUGUACUAAAGCAUUUGCCAAAGCAUCUGAUUUAAAGAGACAUGAGAACAAUAUGCACAGUGAAAGGAAGCAAGUAACCACAGCCAGUGCCCUCCAAAGUGAAACUGAACAGUUACAGGCAGCUGCCAUGGCUGCUGAGGCAGAACAGCAACUUGAAACUAUAGCUUGUAGCUAAAAAGAGGAGUGGCCAAAUGCUGGAAAAUGUUCGGACUGAAAAAUUCACUACUGAGUAUUUUAGCGUGAUUUAGAAAGUAGAAAUAUAGUUGCAGUUUGCAGCAAAAAAACCUCUCAUAUCAAGCAUGGAUAAGACCUUAAUCAAGGUAUCCGUCCAGUUGGAUAUAAAUUUUUUAGAAGUCAGACUAGCUGUGUUUUAUUCCUCUCUUUAAAGUGCUGGGUUUCAAUGCAUGCUUUGCCCCAUUGGAAUAAACUCUGCAUGUGGAAUGGAAGAUGUUACACUCCGAUGCUCAGUGAAAUUAAGUCUUAAGUAUUUGGAUUUAAGCUACAUUUGUUUCAUUUAAUCCAGUUGCUUGGCACCUAAAUAUGUUGUUUUAUGAUUUAAGAAGAUCCUAAAUUAGAGAUUGUCAGCAAUGGUGGGAAAUUAUAGGAUAAGUUGCCAAGUCAAAAAUAAAUACUUGUUAGAGAUUCGUUGCACUGCAAGUGCUACGUAGCUGAGUCUCAUGGAUUUCAGCAGGAAGUAGUACCAUGUGAGUAAAACAAGAUUAGAUUAAUUCAAAAUGUGUUGAUUUAUUGGCCUACAAAUUGUGCUGUUAGCAAACAGUUUGAUAAAUUAUGUCUACUAUAACAGGUAUUUUUUUAAAAAAUGGGAAAUUAUGAAUUUUACUGAGUGCAAGAAUUAAUUUGUAGGAGGUGACUAUUAAUUUCCAAUGUUCUAAUCAAAAGUAAUGAAAUGUAAUUAGAUUUCAUAUUUUAUUUUGUUGUUGUUUCUCUCCAGUUUAAUCUACUGUCACUAUUGAUAAAAGGUGCAUGAGCAGUAGAAACUAUAGUGGGUUUCCUCCCAUAGAUGGGUGGCAGUGAAGCUGCAUGGAGCUUUUCAUUAACUGAUAUGUUUUAGAUGCAAAAUGGCCAACGUUUUAAGUAGCGUGAAUUUUUUUAUUCCUCCUCUCCCACAGAAAUAGAAAUAGGAGAUAUCAGGCCUGAAAUAACACCAUGAAAUUUAGGCAUCUUCUUAUUAUAAAUUUUAUUUUUAAAAAACACAACAAAUAAUAAAAAUUGAUUCCAGUGUCAUUGCACCAUCUGGUUGCCUCUUGAAGUCCUCCUUAUGAAGGAAAUGACUCUUAAACCACUGCCCAUCUCUAAUUAAACGACGACUACAAAACAUCCUGAUGUUUUUCUUAUCUUUUCUGAUCACUGUACUUUGCAGUCUUAUUAACACAUAUUUCACAUUAAGCUUCAUUAUACUUAUUGAAUUUGCUCAUUGCAAGCAUACAUGCCUUUUUAUUUGAAGGCAUGGAGGAAGUGUAUAUUUGUUAUGAACCAUGGACAAAAGUUUUCAGGAAUAUUGCUUUAACAUCGGGCACGACCCACUGGGACAUCUUGACUAAAUUGGAAGGAUUUCCUCUUAAGAUUCAUACUCUGCAACCAUUCUGACUCUUCCUUGGCAGUUUUUAGGUUUAGCAAAUCUACUAAGACUUGUUUGAUACCUAUCUAUCUGAUAGUGGCUUUUUGCUUUCUCUGCCCUGACAAAGAAAAGAUUGCUAGCUGAAUUGUCUGCAGUUUCCUUUAAUAAUACUUAAGAUUUUUCCCCCUGUAUUAUAAACAAAAAGGACAAUUGGGAGAAAUGUAGAAUUCAAGUACAAAUCCUUGCUAAUAAGAUUAUAAUACCCCAGGAUUUGGGGAUAUUUAGCAAGAAUUAAAAUUGUCACUAUUGAGGCAGCAUAAUUAUCAAGGGUUCAUAUUCUAGUGCAGAUAGCACAAUGGAGUUAAGGCAGUAAGUGUAAGAAAAAGAUACAAAGAAGAAGCUAACAUGACUCUGAAAAUAAAUUGAAAGUAAAUUCAUUUCAGUCGCUUCCAAUUAAUGAAUAAAUUGUUAGGACUUAUUUUUGCUGCUCUUGAACACUAGAUAAGAAUUAAUUCUAAUGUUCCUGAUAGUUCGGUGAGUCAGAAAAGUUAAAUGUAGGUUUGAAUUCUGGGCAUUGUUCCAAGAGAAAUCAAAGAUUCCAGCUUUGAUUGUAUGGUAUCUUUUUCGGUAUGGAAGUGGAGUCCUGAGCCCCAAAUAAACUUUAAAUAGCAUAGUGUCAAAUGUUGGCAUCUCAGGCCUUUAGUGACUUUUCCAUGAAACUUGGAAAAAUUGGAAUAAUGGAUUUUAGUUUGGAAAAACAGAACAAUAUAGUUAUCACAUUUGAGUGGAAGAAUUUAGAAUUAGACAAUUGAAUGUACUUUUUUUCUAUUGUAUUUGUUGCUCGAAAACUUUGUAUCCCAUUAGUGAACAUAGUUCAGUCCUGUAUGUGUUUACUCAGAUGUCCCACAGAAUUCAACAUAAUUACUCCCACCAUAAUGUUACAGAAUUUCAACAUAAGACGAUUCAAUCAAUUGUGUGGUUUUGGGAUUUAUAUUUAAUUAGAAAGUAUCUUAUAUGAAAGUAAGCCUUACUGACCUAAACCAUGCAGCUUACUAAUGAGUAUGCUUGAACUUGCAGCUUAAUGCCUGUGCUUCAUAAGCAAUUAUCCUGCUUAUCUUCACAAAAUUACAGCUAGCUUUUGGGGACAGAUUCAUAUUCGUUUUUGAUUAUCUUUCAGUGAAUGAAGUUAUCUCUUGAAGUAUUUAUCCAAGGAAUUAAUAGAAGAUGAUGGGAGCUUUUCCAUAGAAGAAAAUGGUUAGCUGAAAUUUUUAGAAAAUUUCACUUAGCCUACCAAUCUGAAAUUAAUUUACUAGUCUAAUUUAAAAUAAAAUCAAAGUAAUUAUUUCAGUUACAGGUUUUAUUUGUAACAAACUAGAAUGGGUUUUCUAUGAAGCAAAAAGAAAUGUGAUCAUUUACAAAUCUUGAAAAACAUUUCUCCACAUAUUUAUACAUAAUUGUUUUAGAUGUAUUAAUACAAAUGAAGUUGAACACGGAUAUGUUCUGACAGGGGUCAGAUAAGUAUUUAUAAAUUAAUAUGAGUCAAACAUCUCUUACAUUUCUAUAUGAAGCUAACAUUUUAAACAAUAAUGUUGCAUAUUGCUAUGGUCUUUGUUACAAUGUCAUUGUGAAAUAUUCAUUGAAUAGGCAACUUAAAGUUAUAUUUAAAAUGCCAAAAGUUUGAAAUGUAUCUUGUAAAUAAAACUUGAAUAUUUUAGA